UUUUAAAAGGUGGAGAAACUGAGGAAAAACGGCGGACAUUUCGAAGCGCUCUCUCUCUUUGUGUGUCUAAUUUAACACUCUUCCACCAAACGCUUCGAUAACCAACCCUCUCUCUAUUUCAUUUCCUUUUUCCCCAUUUUGCCCCUUCCCUUCAUUGUCGAUUUCCCCCCUCUGUCUCUUCUCUUCCAAUGGAGUCCUCCGCUGCUCUCCGCUCCUUUCACUAUUCUGUAAGUGCUGUUUCAAAAGCUUGUUGCACGCAUGAAAGGCCCGGUACAUUUCAUAUGUCUUCUAGUUGCUGGCCAAAUUCAAGAAAAGCAUGUGUUCCAGGCUUGAUGUUUGGAGGGAAGAACAAUUCUUCUACAAGACGAACUGUAGUUUUAGCAUCCUCUGCAAAGACGCCUGAAGCUACAGCAACAGCCAAGUCAAAUGUUCCACCAGAGAGCACCAAGAAAGGCUCAUUGGAGAAGAAACCUUCACGGAAUGCAACUUUUCCAAAUGGAUUUGAGGCAUUGAUUCUGGAGGUGUGUGAUGAAACUGAGGUCGCGGAGCUGAAAAUGAAGAUUGGGGACUUCGAAAUGCAUCUGAAGCGGAAUGUUGCUUCCACAAAAGCUCCCAUGUCUAACAUUUCACCUACAACAGCCCCAUCAAUCCCAACUGAACCAAUGAAUGAAGCAGCUGCUGCUACCCCACCUCCAUCCCCACCUAAACCCUCUCCUGAGAAGCCUUCUCCAUUUAAAAGCUCUGCCUUUGGGCAGUCAUCCAAGUUAGCUGCCUUGGAGGCUUCUGGAUCUAGCAACUAUGUUCUAGUACCUUCUCCCGUUGUUGGUAUAUUCCAAAGAGGUAGAACAAUCAAGGGAAAAAGGCAACCUCCUAUCUGUAAGGAGGGUGAUUUGAUCAAAGAAGGACAAGUGAUAGGAUUCUUGAAUCAAUUUGGUUUUGAACUACCUGUUAAGUCUGAUAUAGCUGGAACAGUCUUAAAGAUCCUCUUCGAAGAUGGAGACGCCGUUGGUUACGGAGAUCCACUCUUUGCAGUUUUGCCAUCAUUUCAUGGCAUCGACUAAUCUCUUUCUCCUACCUAUGAUACUUUUGCAGAGAUAAUGUGACAGAGUCCUUGGGUAUGCAUUUUGUUUUCUCACAUCAUUUUGUGGUUUUACUUAUGGAGUGCCCCGAGCACGUGUAGUCGGUGAUCUGUACUCAAUGUUACUAAUCUAUUGAAUUCCCAGGAUUACCAUAGAACAAUUAUUUAAGCAUACUGUAGAUUGAAGAGAGGUUUAUCAAUUGUAUAACCUAAAUUCUUUUGUGUAAUAAGCUUUUAGACUUUUGUUGCUUUGAGUUUUACAUAAUGGACUAUGAUAUGUUAUUGAAA